UGUGUCAUUUGUAAAUAGAACGUAUAUUAGCAGAAGUUUACAUACUAACUAGUUAUUUAUUAUAAGGAAUAAAACACUGUGUAUUUUGGGUUCCUACUGAUGGAAACUUUUCAAUUUGAGCAUCUGUAUAGUGACCAGAACUGUGAAUGACACUUGUGAACCACUGCUAUGACAACACCACUUCAGACUGGCUAUCAAGCCUUGACACCAUACAAUGAUAGUGAAGCAGAUACCCCUCAGGAAGGGGGGAUGCUGAUCCAUGUUGUUCCUGACAGUGCAAAAUCACGAUGGAAUCACAUAGAAGAUUUGGAUUCUUUUUUUACCAGAGUAUAUCAUUAUCAUCAAAAGCAUGGAUUUUCCUGUAUGAUGUUACAGGAAGUACUGGAGUUAAUCCAGUUCAUUUUUGUGGUUAUGUUUUCUGUGUUCCUGAUGGAAUGUGUGGAGUACUCAGUGCUUUUCAAAGAUGUCCAACCAAAACACAAUAUCACAGUUGGAAACAAGAUCACUCUUGCUGAUGCCAUUGUUCCUGCAGGUCAAUGUAUUGCAGGUUUCAGUCCUACCAUUGUGAUCUGUCUGCUUGUAUCUCUUGUCUUCUGGCUGCUACGGGUAGUUAAAGUAGUCUACCACUUUUUUCAGUACAUGGAGAUUCGAGCAUUUUAUAGUUCUGCCUUAAAGAUUACUGCUGAGGAAUUGGACAGCAUGACAUGGCAUGAGGUCCAGCAGAAGCUUUUGGAAGUACAGACUGAACAACAGAUGUGCAUACAUAAGAGUGAACUUUCUGAAUUAGAUAUUUAUCAUAGAAUUCUAAGAUUCAAGAAUUAUAUGAUUUCUAUGAUGAACAAAGAUCUCCUGCCACUCAAAUUUAACUUACCUGUUCUUGGAGAAGUAGUAUUCCUUACCAAAGGACUUAAGUACAACUUAGAAAUGAUAUUGUUUUGGGGACCAUGGGCUCCAUUUGAAAAUAGCUGGCAUUUGAAAGAAGAUUUCAAAAAAGUUGGAAAACGAAAAGAGGUUGCAAAGAAGCUGUCCAAGCAUAUAUUAUGGAUUGGAUUAGCCAACUUUCUUCUCUGUCCUAUUGUGCUACUAUGGCAAGUGCUGUAUUCUUUCUUCAACUAUGCUGAAGUCAUUAAGCAUGACCCCAGUGUUUUGGGAGCUCGUCGAUGGUCACAUUAUGGAAGGUUAUACUUACGACACUUCAAUGAAUUAGAUCACGAGUUAAAUGCAAGGUAUGACUCCCCUUUCAGCUUAAAAAAAUCAGAAAAAUUCUCACAGAAGUGUUUGCUAGCUGCAAUUGAGACAUCUGGGCAGAGAGGUGAGACACUAGUGUACCAUACUGGAGUGUGUUGGGGUCUAGAGAUGAUGGGAUCAUCUGAAAAAGAAAUUCUUAAGAGUUUAGCUGAUUACAAUAUUGUGUUUCAGCACUUAGUUUGGUGUCCUGAGAAGCUAAUGUUAAACAUUCUGGCCCACAUUCACUACAUACCUGACCACUGGAAAGGUCGUGCACACAUGUACAAGGUCCGGGAUGAGUUUGCCCAACUGUUUCAGUACAAAGCAGCUUACCUGAUUGAAGAAUUAUUAAGUCCUAUCAUUACACCGUUUAUUCUGUGUUUCUACUUGAGACAUCGAGCCAUGGACAUUGUAGACUUCUAUAGAAACUUUACUGUUGAUGUGGUUGGGGUUGGCGAUGUCUGUUCCUUUGCACAGAUGGAUGUGCGACGACAUGGACAUCCUUAUUGGAUGAGUGAUGGACAAACCCAGGCUAAUCAGUAUGAGCAGGCAGAAAAUGGAAAAACAGAACUGUCACUAAUGCAUUUUACUCUAACCAAUCCCAACUGGAUCCCUCCUGAACAAUCUCACAUGUUCUUGAAUAAUCUGAAAGAAUUAGGUAACACGCGUGAACCAUUUUUGGACAGAAUUCUAAUCGGUGAUGAAAAUUGGAUUCUCUAUGCGAAUUAUGCCGAUUUAGUAAACAGUAUUCUUCACCCUUUGCGGGACGUUUCAUCUACUGGACCAGGAACAAGCUUCUACACUUCAGAUCCAAAGACCUCUGGUGCUGGUUUUCCAAGAACAGGUGGGGUUUCUUCCACCAUUAGAGGUGGACUGAAUCAAGCAGAAGGACCUCUGCACUCCAGUCAAGCAGGAUUAUUGGCAAGUAUACAUCCUACCCAAACUCAAGUAGACGACUGUACCCUUCCACUCCACUCUAGUCAAGUCUUAUCUCAUGAAGUCCCUUUGGAGUUGACUGCUGUUAACAUGAGUCUUAGCACAAUGUACAUGCAUGAGCUUCACUCUCGUACUUUACGACAUAAAGGAAUUACAGCCUCUAAUAUUCGAACAGUGUGGCAGCGCCCCCUUGUAGACAUGCCAGAGAUUUUGGAAUCUCCACAGGAAGGUCAGUCAGAACAACAAGAUGAAGAACAACCACUCUUGGUGGACACGCGUAUAGUUAGAUCUUCCUGAAAUGAAUGAUCUCUAUUACUGAAAUGGAUAUUAUCUCAAACGAUGGCAAGAGCAACAUGAAAUUGGUGUUUUUAGGUUAAACUAAGAAUAUAAAUAAUAGCAAAAAAAAACAAAAUACAAUCUUGAUACCACAUGCAGAAUAUUUAACGAAUCGUACAUUGAUAUAUAUAUAUAUUUUAUUUUUUUUGCAUUUUUAAGAAAAAUAUAAUCUGUGUAUUAUGGCUUGCUGAAUUUUGUUGUAGAUGACAUGUACAUGUAUUGUGUGAUUUUCUGAAGAAAAGAGUAAUUUUUUACACUUAAUCCACAAUUUCUUUUUUGCACAUUCUGUGUAAUUUAUCAAACCUUUUAUCUUUGUUUAUAAUUUUAAAAGCUAAAACUGCAAGAAAGUUGUACAUUUAAAAGAGAGAAAAGAAAAACAUAUAAAUACCAACAAAUUUUGUUACAUGAGAAUAAAACUCCAUUGUUUAUAAUCCAUGUUAAAAUUUCCAACUAUAGAAAUGGGCACAUUUGAGUUAACUAUCAUAAUGACCCUGAGUCAUCAGAAGCAUAAUCUUGACAUUUCAAGUAUCCAGUUGACAGAUUUUUUUUAUGAUCACUUACAGUGAGUUUUUUUUCUAACCACCAACAUGGUAGGUACAUCACAUGACCUUUCUUUCUCGUUGUAGUUGACUUUACAGUAAACUACUUGAUAGGAAAAUCAACGAAAAGGAUGCAUUUUUCAAGUAUCUGCAUAAUGUAUUAUUUGGUCAAUGCGAAGCACUUCCUAUUACACUUGUAAACGAGCUGUUCAUACAACACUGUUUGGUUUGUGAUUUAACAUAUUUACAUUAAAAAUGGAAUAUCUAAUUUUUAAUGUAUAGGAGGAAUGUAAUCCAAAACAUAAUACCUAAUUAAGUAACUUUUAGCUUGCACUUAAUUAGCUACAAAAUUAAAUAAUAAGAGUUUAGAUAUUUCUCUCUAGACAUGUAACUACUUUCAGUAGCACAAAUAAUAAUUAGUGCCAAGGAAAACUGUACAUAAGUCUUUUCUUCCUUAUUAAAUGUCAUUGACUUUAUUGGAUUUCCAUCUUUUUUGUAUUCCAGUAUCAAGUUGCUAUCGAUUUACAUUUAUGAAUUAUCACAAAUUUGCAAAAAAACUAUUCAAGCUGAUAAGACAAGAGUACAAGCUAUUUUUUCAUUAACUGAACUGACUUGUUAAUUUUAUCAUACUUUUAACACCAAGAUGGCACUAACUACAAAAUGUUGCCUUUUUUUUUAGGUUUUGGGUAAGUAAGUCUGAAGUAGCAUUCUGUUUUAGUGUGACUAAUUUAUUCAUGUUAUUUUAAUAGGUGAAAUACCUUUUUUAAAUUUUAUGGGUGUUUUUAAUCAGUAACUUUUUAUUUAGAGAAUUAACCUCAAACACACCCUCAUGGGUAUACCCAUGUGUGAAAAGAUUUUUGUUUUAGCUAGAAUAUUUAUAGAUUGUGAAAUACCUUUUUUAAAUUUUAUGGGUGUUUUUAAUCAGUAAAUUUUUAUUUAGGGAAUUAACCUCAAACACACCCCCAUGGGUAUACCCAUGUGUGAAAGGAUUUUGUUUUUUUAGCUAGAAUAUUUAUAGAUUAUCGUAUUACACUGUUGUUUUUAUCCACAAAGUUUUCAUCUGCCAGGUAGUAAAACCUUUUAAAGUUUUUCAACCACAUAAGUUCUAAUGCAGUUCCAUUUUUAUCCUUUCCAUUAAAGUACAGGUAGCUCAUUGUGUAGCUUUGUGCAUAAUAAGCAAGAAAAAAACAAACUUUGCAUCAGUAGAAGUUUGGUUCUGACAUUAUUAGCUGUUUGUGUCCAAAAUAAGCACAUUUCCUUCCUGAAAGAGCAGUAUACUGACUGUUUCGUGAUACUUGUAUGAUAUCUAAUUUUUAAAAAGUAUAUUAUUUUAAUGAAGGAUUAUUAGUAAAUAGCACUAGAUAAAAAAAUCAUAGCUUGUAGUUUAUAUUACAUUUAAUAUAAUGUAAUAGAUCAUUGUAGUGUAAAUAAUAUCAAUGGGCCCUGUAGAUCCAAUAACCUAUGCUUAUGUAACUUACAAUAGACCGAAUAUUUGUUAUAAAAAGUUCCCUGGUGUCUCAGUGGUAAGUUUGAGGGCUUAUAAUGCUAAAAAUCGAGUUUCGAUACUUGUGGUUGGUAAAGCACUGCUAACCCAUUGUAUAGCUUUCUGCUUAACAAUAAACAACCAUUAUGAAAACAACAGUUGUUCAGUAAUGAUAUAAACUGUAAUGUUGGAAAUGAAUACAAAACACGUGACCAUUUAAACAUGAUAAUAAUUCUCUAAAGCUUCUAAGAUUGAUCAUUACAUUAAGGUUUGAUAGACAUGUUAACCUGUUGCUUUAAGCUCCUGCUCAGCCACAAAUACAGUAUACUAGGAUAUGAGUAAACCAGUUCAGAUAUUUCUAUGAAUUUAAGAGCCUGAAUUGAAUUGCAUUUUUCAUAUUGUAUCUACACUGGCUUUUUUUGGUGUUUUUUUUACAGUGUUUAUAAUUUUGAUUGACUCUUUUUGAAACUAAUAUUUAAGAGAUUUUAACAUGCUCAGAAAUGCUGAUAUCUCAGUGAACCUUUGAACACUAAAUAUUUAUGAAGGUUAUACAUUUUGAAAAUAUUCAGCUAUAUUUAAAAAGAUAUUUAAUUUACUUAACUUCAUCCAUACCAAGGAUUUUGUCAGUAUAUUUCUAAAGUGAGACUUUAAUACUUUGUCAAAGAGAGUUUCCGUGUGGAUUGUCUGCUAUCUUGCUAUUCAAGUAAUUCAAGUCAACAUAAACUAUAUAAAGCAGAGAGGAUUACGUGUUAAAAAGAAGAAAAAAAAAUAGAAUUUUUAUAUUAAUCUACAAAAUCGUUUACCCGUGAGGAUAGGUUGACAGUAACGUUGCCUUGCGCAUGCCUUAUGGUGUUUAUACUCCUGAAUUUGUCCUUAAGCAUACAGAUUUAAAUUUGAACCAUGACAAUUAGCAAAAUAUGUAAUCUUUUUGUAAAGUAAAACUUCAUUUGUACUUAUAAAUACAAAUGACGUAGACAGAUUGGAUAAUAGUGGGUUUUACACAUUCACUACAGACUCAGAGGUAUAAUUUUUUUCUUAUAUCAAAAAAGCGGGUAUUUUACCGACUAACUGCUUAUUUCAGCUGGGAAAGUUGAUAAUUUUGUUGGAAAAUAAAUUGAAAGGGUUAAAAAAUAUUGGAAUGUUACUUCAGUUACUAUGCAUUAGCUAAAGAAUAACCUGUAAACAUUUUUAGACUAAAAAUCAUGUUUAUUUUUCUCAUCUUUUGGUUUAAUUACUUCACUAUGUAGUGCAUAUUUUGUUUGGGAGAAAAUACAUGUUAACUUAGUGUUACUGCAGCAUACAUUAUCUAUGAGAGUAAUUUAAAAAGUCUUAAUUAAAAUAUUUUAACUAUUUACCAUUUUUGGUAAGUUUGGCUAUGAAGGUAUUAAUUCAUGAUGUUAGGUAAGUUUUUUUUUUGCAUGUUGGACAAGAAAAUCAAGCAUUACUGGAGUGGAAUAGUGUAAGAAUAGUAUGUACUGGAGUAAUAUGAUUUGGUUUAGUAGUGGCAUGAACAUUUUCUUAUUGAAUUUAUUAUUAAUGAAAAGAAAGAGUUUGCUGUAUACACUUUUGUAUUUCUGCUAAGAAAGUCACAAAACAUGAACUGCCUUAAAGACAGUGUGUAAACAUGUAAAGUGUAUAUUCAUAUGUAAAUAUUUUAUUAAUUAUAAAUGCAUACUCUGAGAUAACACUGCUGUGUGAUGGAAUGUUUUUCUUCACUUUAUAUUCCUAGAUUUUCUACAAUGUGGUUUUUGUUUGCUCAAAUUGUUGUUACUAGUAGAGUAGAUUGUUCUUGAAAUUAGCAAAUGUUUCUAAGCAGCUUUCGGUCUGUUUUUUUUUUCACAGUGUUUUCAAUGUAUUAUCCUUUUUGUGUGUAUGAAUUUUGUCAGUAUUCCUGGGUUUCAUCUAGAACUUUACAAGUAGGUCCUGGUAAAUUUUGGCAAAUUGUCUGUACUUAUGAAGUAUUGUUGAUAAUAUAACAUAGGAAAUUACGUUAUUAAUUUCAUAACAAAAAAAUUAAUACAGGUAUUAACUCUAAUGUUUAUUGUACAUUUAAUGUUAUUUAAACAAGGUUUACGUGGAUGAAAUCGUUUUGGCAUUUUAACAUAUUUUGGUCUUUUUAAAUACAUGUUUCGAUCUCUCACUCGUCAUAAACAUAAGUUACUGGCUGUUUCUCUUUGUAGUUUUUUUUUUCUUAAUGAGGAAGAUUUUUUAAUCUUUGGCAUUAAUAAUGCUGUGUGUAAAGAGCAAACUAAUUUCCCAGUUAUAAAACAUAAAAAAUGCCCAAAGUUUCAUUAGUAGUUUUUUUAACUUAUUGUACUAACAGGCCUGGGUCCAGUAAAAAAAUUUUUAUCAUUUGCUUCUUAGUGCAAAAUGUAUAAUAUGGUGUUCUUUGUUACAGAGAAAAUCAAACUACCCUUUUCGUUUUGUCCAAA